CAAUUUCUCGUCAGCGCGUCUGCUGUUAACGAACCCUCCAUCGUCGCCGCGAACGAACCCUAAAACUCUCUUAACUUAAUAUGGAGCGAGAGGUGAUUCAAGCAGAGCUGGUGUUGCCAAACAAGCUGAGCUUCAAGAGGGUUCAGAUGAAUGAGAAGUACCCAAAAGGCCAGCCCAGAGGGAGAUGGAAGCACCUCAAACAGAUCAUUCAGGCCGAGAAUUAUCACAACUACCCUCCUGAUGAACCCAAUUAUGUUAAUAUAGAGUCGCCACCCUCUAUGCAUCCGUGCAAGAGAAUUUGUGAUAUAACAGGAUAUGAGGCACCUUACUACGAUCCAAGAACCAACCUGCGCUACGCCAACGCAGAAAUCUUCAAGCAAAUAAGAUCGCUUCCCAAUGAAUAUGUUCAAAGAUAUCUGGCUCUGAGAAAUGCUGCUGUCGUUUUGAAGUAGAAUCCCUACUUUUCAGCUUCAGAAGGCAUCAGGAUUCACAUUUCCUGAGUUAGAAACUUGGUGUAAUGUAAAAAUAUGAUUCUAAUUGCACAUGCAUAUGUUGUUACUUUUAUGCAUCGAUCUUACUUGCUGAGAGGAGCACUCCUGUCGAAGCAAGUACGGUGGCCAAUUAUAAGCCUUAAUGAUUUGCAGAGAAGUCAUCUGUUGCGCACACUCGAUGCCAAUAAUGAUUCACAGCAGCUUGCCCCGUUUUCCUUUAUGUUAUAUAUUCUCCUUUACCCGUCUCCUCCCUAUCUGCCUUUCCCACACAAUGAGCCUUUGCAAUUCCUCAUCAUCUCGCUAGUGUGAAAAAUACUUACGUUCAUCGAUAAGUAAAAUACGUACGUUCAGAAGGUUCUCAA